AAAAGUGAUAAAAAGGUGUUGUGUUGUGUCGGAAUGAGAUCGAUCUCGUACAGAAUUAAAGAAAAAAGGAAUAAAUUGAUUCGUGAGGGAUUGGAAGAAGGAUUGGAGGCGAUCAUUUGGGGGAUGAGGAAAGCAUCGAUGGAUGGUGUGUUGAGAGAUAACAAUAAGACAAUGAUGUUGAAAAGACAUCGUGGCGAAGAAGUGCUACCACACGAUGUGGUUGAGCUCAUCCUGGAGAAACUUCCUGUGGUGUCUCUGGUGAGAUUCAAGUGUGUAUCAAAGAGGUGGAAAUCGACAAUCGAGUCCGCAAGUUUCAAACAGAGACAAGUACUGAUGAUCACGAGGAAAUCACGAGGUCCAGAUAUCCUAUACGUGACCUGGCUUGGUGAUGAAGAAGAAGAAGAAGAAGAAAUAUUAGAAGAAGAAGCUAAUAUUAUGGUGGGGUCUUGUGUAAUUCGCAGCCUCAAGUUCCCUACAAGGAACGACAAGGUUUGCUAUGGUGCUUGUGACGGACUUGUAUGUUUUUUCGGCAACCGCAACCCGAGUGUCGUCUUUAAUCCCGCCACUAGAUGGCGUCGAAGCUUUCCUCAUUCGAGGGUUCAACCGCGCAUCAUCUCUGACGCUCGCGCGCGCAAAAAAAGAGGCUGUUACACCCGAGAACCUCAGCUAGGAUUCGGCAAAGACAAAGUCAGGAGCACAACAUACAAGCCGGUUUGGCUCUUUAACUCAUCUGAGUUUGGCCUAGACAAUGUCACCACUUGUGAAGUUUUCGACUUUACCACUAAUGCUUGGAGGUACGUCCUCCCUGCUUCUCCCUAUCGGAUUAUUGAAGGCCAGAAGCCUGUGUAUUUCGAUGGGUCCCUUUAUUGGUUAACCGAGUGUGUAGAAACCAAGUUGUUGUCUUUUGAUCUUCACACGGAAACUUUUCAAGUCGUCUGUAACGCCCCCUUUUCCCAUGUGCCUGACCCUCGCUUUCUACUCUUGUGCAUCCUCGAUAACCGCUUGUGCGUAUCCCUCAAAAUCUAUCCCACCAGAACCCAAGUGAUAUGGUCACUCGACAGCAGCAACAUGACGACGACAUGGAAGCAAAUGUGUUCGAUUGAUCUCACCAAAACCUGUUUUCUUGACCUUCCUUAUUUUCCAGAUCCAGCACUGUUGCCAAUAGCUAUUGUAGACGAGACCAAAUUAUUGCUUGGUUAUAGCUGUGGUUCACCACUGGUGAUACAUGAUCUCCAUACCAAUUCCUAUGUUUUUGACUCUUUUCCUAAAAUGCUUGACUAUCCUGUUUGUUAUUUCCCUAGUUUGUUCUCAAAUUAAACCAUUUUUCUUUGUAAUUUUAUUUAAUCAUGCCUUCUUUUUUU